AAAAUAAAAAGAGAGCAAAAGGGGAACAGCGAGUGCUUUCAACAGAGGGGUUAUAUAGUGGCAAAACACUCCCUGCUUGCUCCAAUGUCCAGCAGCCACCUUUCCCACUUGCCAAAAACCUCUGCUUUCCUUUCCUCUCCAGUCUCCUCUCUUCUCCUUCCUUCUUCCCAACCUUCCGACCUUCCCUCUUCGAUCUCAUCUCCCCCAUACGCAGAACUCCAAAACCCACAUCUCAAUUCUUCAGUCCCCUAUUCAAGAUUCCUCUGAAAAACCGCCCAAAUUAGAGACUCUGUUUUUUCCCCAGAUUCUUCCUCCCCCACAAAAUCUCGCCUCAAUUCCCCAUCUGGGUUCCUUCCUAAGGUUGAAAUUGAAACGAAGAGAUAGAGAUUUGUAUUCUCCUUUUGAAAUUCCCCACUCUCGAUUCCCCCCCUUUUCCCCCCAGAUUCUCCAUAUAAGAAGAAAAAGCAGAUUCUUCAGUAGCCCUCCUCUGUUUUUCUGCCGACCCAGAAAUUGAUAAAAAUCCCCAUCUCCCUCCCCCCUUCUCAAACUUCACCAUGAAGACUUCGUUCCUUCUCUGAACCCACCCCAAAAAGAAGAACAAAACACAAUUAUAAAACGGAAUCAGUAGCCAUGGAAGCUCUUUACCCGCAUUUCUACAUGUCGAGCCACCACCCACAAAACGACAGCAGCAGCAGCAGCAGCUGCCAGAGCUCGGAGUGGACCAGAGAAGAGAACAAGGCCUUCGAGAGCGCUUUGGCCAUCUACGGCGAGCACGAUCCCCACCGCUGGCUUAAAGUCGCCGCCAUGAUCCCCGGGAAAUCCGUCUCCGAUGUGAUCAAACAGUACCGGGAACUGGAGGAAGACCUGUGCGAGAUCGAAGCUGGAAGGGUUCCAAUUCCUGGUUACUUCGCCGCCGACGACGGCGACGACGCGGCUUUCAGCCUGGACCUCAUCGACGGGCCCGACUUCGUCGAUUCGUACCGAAAGCGGCCCAUGGGCUCCACCAAGACCUCCGAUCAGGGCCGCAAAAAGGGCGUCCCUUGGACCGAAGACGAGCACAGGCGAUUCUUGAAAGGGCUACUGAAGUACGGGAAAGGGGAUUGGAGGAACAUAUCUCGCAACUUCGUGGUGUCGAAGACGCCAACCCAAGUGGCGAGUCAUGCACAAAAGUACUUCAUCAGGCAGCAGCUCUCCGGCGUGAAGGACAAGAGGAGGCCGAGCAUCCACGACAUCACCACCGUCAGCCUCUCCUCCUCCGUCUCCGCCGACAACAAGAGAUCAUCGCCGCCCAUCGACCAUCAGCUCACCGCCGCCCUGCUUUCGCCGCCGCACAAGCUGGCCUGGAUGGACUGGAACCACCAUCCCAAUGGCAACUUGUUCAUGAUGGGUUCGUCGCCGUACGACCAGAGUCUCUAUGCGGCAGCCGCGCGCCACACUGCGGCGGCGGCGUUCCAGUUUUCGGCGGCUCGGAGAAUCCGCAGCUAAGGAGGACUCUGGAGUGGUUCAAUGGACUGUCCUCCGCUGUCUCUGGUUUUGUUACUAAUUAGGAUGUGGGGAAACAAACAAGCUGUCAAAUAUGAUACGAAUGUUCUAGCUCUGUAUUGGCAUGAUAUGAUCAUCGAUGCUCUGUGUAGUAAUCAACUCUGAGGUGGAUUGUAAUACCUUCUUCUUCUUCCUUUGUCAACAUGAUAUUAGGGCCCAAGAUUUGGGUCAUGAAGAUCCAAAUUUUCCUAUUAUCGAUACUCGUAUAUAAAAGUCGAGUUUCAAAAUUGAAACGCGUUGUGGU